AUGGCCGUAGGAGGUCCCUUGGAAGAUAACGGUCAAUGGCAAGAGGAUGGAGAUUAUUGUUUCAUUGCUGGCUGGAGUCUCCAUGACGAAAGACGGGGCCACGAUGCACAGACAGAGUCCCAGGGCGAGAGUAUAGCAUGCGUACAUGGCGCCAAUGGACGUUCCCCAUUGCUAGAACUUGCUGGUCUUGGUCCUUUCGAUGAGACAGGAGCAGCCUCCCGUGCAUGGAAGCAGGCCUCAGCAUUGAGCAGGUCUGACAUGGACAGUACAGACAGUAGGACAAUUGUGAGCGGCAGCAAAACGCGAGAGCCACUGUCAUCUCAUUGCCAUCGAUUCUUCUACCGAGCCCACAUACCGAGCGCCUCCUUCUCCUUGCGGAGAGCCUUCUGCUUCUUCUCUUGCUGGCGCUUCUUGACAUCGCGCAGCUUCUCCUCCUUCGACUUUGGUGGCCCAGGAGCAUCUACCAGCUUCUUCGCGAAGCACUCCUGCCAGAGUUUCUGCAUGAAUCUGGCCUCUUUGUCGCCGGAGACCUCUGCUUUGGUCAUCUUCGCGGUGUUUGUGUGGUGUUCUAAAGAUGCUUGUCUGGCGGUGAACAGCGCCAAAGCCAUCUUCGUGCUCACCUUCCAAUGGUUUCGACAUGGCUCUCUCAACAACGAAAAGUGGUGUGUCGUGCUGCUGAAGUUGUUCUCCUUGAAGGCUGCGAAUUUGAGCAUGAUUUCAGCGGCUUCCCCGUACGAUGCCCGCGAAGUCGAACUCGCUGCUGCCAACAACACAACCGCGUACAAGAAGCAUUGCCAUCUGCAAAGACACCACCAAGAACCAUUCACACACAUGGACGAAAUGUCGACUUCGCUCGCCCACGCGCUCGCCACCAUCCUGUGCUGCUUCACAGAAGACCCACACGGUUCGCAGCCUCAGGGCAUCCGAGUUCAGAUGGAGGUGGAGGUGAAGAGCAGAUACGCACAACCAUGCCUCCAAUAUCCAAGCCCGCAGCAGCGCGCAAGAAGCGGCGCCGCACUAUGCUGCAGGCUGGUGAACCUCCAGCACGCUCACGCUACCAUCACAGCUUCCUCGAAGAGACAGCGACCAAGGUAA